AUGGUUUUUCUCUGCCUAUCUACCAUUGUGUUCACACAAGCAAAAUUCCAAUUUCCCAAAGAAAUAGCCUCAAAGCUUAGUAGUGAUCCUCAGAUCCUUUCAUUAGCCUCAACAGAUUAUGGUGACAUAGUUCACCUAACCCCAUUGGCAGUUUUCGAGCCAUCUUCCAUAAGUGAUAUCUCAAAUUUGAUAAAUUUCUCAAACUCUCUUUCCACUCCUUUCACCAUAGCCACCAGAGGUAAUGGUCACUCGAUUCUUGGCCAAGCUAUGACAUCAAAUGGGGUGGUGCUGAACAUGACGAACCUCAAUGAGUCACCAAUUUUGGUUUCAGAUUGUGAUGGGAAGAGUCCAUUGAAUUGUUAUGCUGAUGUUGGUGGUGAAAUAUUGUGGAUUGAUGUGCUGCAUGCAACCCUUGAACGAGGACUCACACCUCUAUCUUGGACUGAUUAUCUGUAUUUAACUGUUGGGGGCACUCUCUCAAACGCUGGAAUCAGUGGUCAAACCUUUAGAUUUGGUCCUCAGAUCUCUAAUGUUCUUGAAUUGGAUGUUGUUACAGGGAAAGGAGACCUAGUGAGUUGCUCUAGGGAGAAGAACUCAGAAUUAUUUUAUGGUGCUCUUGGAGGAUUAGGUCAAUUUGGGGUGAAAUGGCUCCAUCUGCUUUACACCAACUUCACUGCAUUUUCUAGAGAUCAAGAACAUUUAAUCUGUUUCAGUGAAAAGAACGACACUACUGCAUCAGAUUAUGUAGAAGGCAAGCUUCUAUUGAAUCAGCCACCACUGGAUCUUUCCUUUUAUCCAGAUUCUAAUCAUCAAAGGAUAACUUCACUAGUAACUCAGAAUGGCAUUAUCUACAUCAUAGAGCUUGUCAAAUACUAUGACAACAACUCUCAAGCACGUGUCCAGAAGGAUGUGGCAGAUUUGGUGAAAGGGUUAAGUUUCGUACCAACGUUUAUCUUCGAAAAAGAUGCAACAUACGAGGAGUUUCUGAACAGAGUUCAGGCAGAUGAGCUGUUUCUAAGGUCAAAAGGACUUUGGGAAGUUACUCAUCCUUGGUUGAACAUCUGGAUUCCAAGAUCUCGAAUCUUGGAUUUUAACGAAGGUGUCUUCAAGAACAUUAUUCUUAAGCAGAACAUUUCUAGUGGAAUUUCUUUGGUCUACCCAAUUAAUCGAAACAAGUGGGAUGAUAAGAUGUCACCAGUAUACACCAGAGGAAGAUGUUUUCUACGCUGUAAGUUUUCUGCGUACUGCAGAUUCCUUAGAUAUGGUGGAGAAAUUUCAGGCUCAAAACCAACAAAUAUUAGAGUUUUGCAAGCGUGCUGGUAUUAA